UCGAGGCUGAGGGCGGGUGAAGAGCGGGGAGCCCGGGGACGCUGGGCCGCGGGCGCCUCAGCGAUGUUUUACUCAGGGCUCCUCACCGAGGGUGGCCGCAAGGAGACCGACGUGCGGGAGGCGGCGUCGUUGCGGCAGCAGCGCCGGAUGAAGCAGGCGGUGCAGUUCAUCCACAAGGACUCCGCCGACCUGCUGCCCCUGGACGGCCUCAAGAAGCUGGGCUCGUCCAAGGACACGCAACCUCAUAACAUUCUGCAGAGACGCCUCAUGGAAACCAACCUAUCUAAGCUCCGAAGCAGCCGUGUUCCUUGGGCCUCCAAGACCAGCAGACUCAAUCAGGCUAAGUCUGAGAGUCUAAAGAAGUCUGAGGAUGAUGACAUGAUUUUGGUUUCUUGUCAGUGUGCUGGAAAGGAUAUGAAAGCCUUGGUUGACACAGGCUGUCAAUAUAAUCUCAUCUCCUCAGCCUGUGUGGACAGAUUGGGGCUUAAGGAGCAUGUCAAAUCUCACAAACAUGAAGUAGAGAAGCUUUCUCUACCCCGGCAUCUCAAAGUAGUGGGCCAGAUUGAGCACCUAGUGAUCACACUGGGCUCCCUCCGCUUGGACUGUGCAGCAGCUGUGGUUGAGGACAAUGAGAAAAACUUGUCCCUUGGUCUCCAGACACUCCGAUCCCUGAAGUGUAUCAUAAAUCUGGAUAAGCACCAGCUGAUCAUGGGGAAGACAGACAAAGAAGAAAUCCCUUUUGUGGAGACUGUUUCCUUGAAUGAAGACAACACUUCAGAAGCAUAACUACAGCCUGCAGCGUGUCUGCACAUACACACACACACCAGGCUGAUGGAUUGCAGUACCAAAUGCAGUAGCGACUUGCUGUGGACCAAGUCCUUCCCUCCAAUAGAAGCUCCAGGGGCUCCUUCCCACCCAGACCUCUCUAGACUAUAGUCUGUGCUUAGAGAUCUUUCUGGUUAUAGCCAUUGUUUUUUACUCCUUUGAUCACUUAAUUUAUAGACCUUUUGACACUGCCAGGUCUUAUUUAUGGCCUAUAUCUCUGCUUCCUGCAGGAACUUGCUUUUAUUAGCCAAGCAUAGGGGCUGCCAGGUUCUAUUUCUCCAUAGAUAACACUUGCUUCUUUUCCUGCAGCUAAAUGUAUUAAAAACAGGAACUUGAUAUUUACUUCCUUUCAGCUGUUUCAGAGAGGUUCAGGUGACCUAUGUCUUGAAAUUAGAAUUUCUUCUGAUUCAUUUAUUGAUUACUCAAGUAUGAACCUGAAAGAACCCAGAGAGAUCAUCAAGUCCAACUGUUUCAUUUAAAGGCCCGGAGAGACAAGUGGAUUGCCUAACCUCAUAUACUGAGUCAGUGGCAGAAAGACACCUAGAACUCAGGCUCGACUUCCAAGCCAAGGCUAUGUUCAUUCUCCCACUCUUCCUCAUUUGUCUUCAAGCCUUUAGAGGAGAGCAAAGAGGUGAGAAUAUGUAAAAAAGUAGGGUAGUGAAAAAUAUGCUUUAGGGAUGGAUUUUAGGGGGAUCUCCCUCCUGUGUGCUAAGCUGCUAAAAGUCCCCUGGCCCAAAGUGUCACAUUCAGGCUCUUAUCAUGGUGUCUGAAAGCUCACAGUACAAAGAGGAAUGAGAUGGUUUCUCACCUUGAACUUCUUGGAGAGAAGUGGUGGGAGGGGGAGGAACGGAGAUAGAGGAACAUUAAUCCCUCUCUGAGAUGGAAUUGAAGGCUUAAGUCAAUAAUCUGGGCAUUGUUCUCAGACAUUUUAUACCCCCCAGAUCCAAGGUCUGAAGCACCUGGGAACAGGGGUAGGGAAAGGAGAUUAAAAAACCCAGAGCAGGCACAGAAUAGAAGGGAGUAGACUGGUUAGAAUCAGUUGGUGGGGAGGCUUACCUUGAGAAACCUUUCUGGGAUGGUGGUAGGGAAUGAAAUAUCUAGGCAGGAAAUUGAGUGGUGGGGACACUCUUCAUUUCUAUACUGGUACAAGGAAGGAGGCAGGGCAGGAGCUGGCAGUGUUAAGGGCAAGCUUUUCUAACUGCACGAUAUUUCGUGACCCCUCUCAAAGUGUUGGGGAGAUCACAGCGGUUUCCUGAAGCUUUUUUGUUAGCAUACGCACAUAGGUACCUUAAUGAAGUUUCCCUUCCAGUCACGGAAGUACUCGGAGAAGUAUAGCCAGCUGUGGGUGUCCCUUUAAGAGAUGCCCAAGUUGGCCCUUGGUCCGUAACAGUAAUUCCCAGGGUGUUUCAUGGAUCCUGUUUUGAACUUUGCCACACCCACCAAGAAUCUGUAGUCUGGUUUUCAGCCACUGCCCCUACCAAACAGCUCUUUGGAACUCUAAACAUUUUUGACCUCACAGAAGGUUUCCAAGGACUAGGAACUUGAUGACCCCAAUUUGAACAGCUGUCAGCCCAGCUGUAGCCACUUCUCACUGGGUCAUUUCCCAGGCCUCCUUCCACUCGCCUCUAUAGAGGAAGCUAGAGGAAAAAGUAAACAUAGCCACAGUAGGGGAGGACCCAUCUGAAGAUCAGCAGGGUGAUCACAGGGUUACCAGCCUUCAGGGCCCCCUCCAACUUCAUCCUAUUCUCUUACCUAGGAGGGACCUGCACCUUGCAUUGAGGCCUCCCUGCUCUGCUCCCUUACUUAGCAUAGCACCACUUUGCCCUGCUUCUUUUCAUAGGACUGAGUUGAAAUACUUCACACCUUACUUCCCGACUUGAAAGUUCUCUGAGCCUUGACUUCAGCCACAAUUAAGGCACGUUGGAGGUUCCUUGGCCUGCUUUCUCUUUAUUUAGAUUCCCUGUGGACCAAGUAAGGCCAGGAACUUUAAAGUUCUGGAUAUAUACUACGUCUUCUGGCUCUGUGAGUUCAUCUCAUGAUCAUAUGGCCUUUAGUGAUCCUUCUGGCCUCAGAGAGUCAGUGGUUUCCAAUUUUGGAAUAGAAACAAUCGGGGUGACCUGAGCUUACAAUAUCACAGUCUCACUUAGUGCAGUCAAAUCAUUUAAAUUCUCUAACUAAAUAAUUGUGCUUUAAACCCCAGGCUUGAUAGAGUCACCUAGAAAUGUCUAAAGACAAUUGUGAAAGUCUUCAUUAGACUUCUUUAAAUGCUGUCAGGUUGAUCACUCUGAUAGCCCAUAUCUCCUUGAUGUUCAUGAAGGAGCCCUGGGUCUGUUUUUUGAAGGGCUGACAAGGUAAGCUGGUAAGGUCAGUCUCGGGUCAGUUUUCCCCAGACUCCUAGAAAAUCCUCUUUGGUGCUUCCGGCUGGGGGCUGGGGGGUGCGGGGGAUAUCUACCCAGGUCACAGUUCUGAAGACAGGCCGUAGCAAGAAGUAACCUUGUAGAACUGCUACCUAUCUCAGUCAUUAUUAGAUACCCAUUUCUAAUACAGGGAGUUGAAAAAUAUUGUUUUUAUCAUUUGGUAUUUCUGUACCUGACUCGUUUGAGGAGUGAGUUUCUGAUUUUUCUAUUUUCUUAACCCUGUACUAGACCAUGCCUGGUAAUAUUUUCUAUCCCUUAGCUCCAAGUGUCUGUAGAAUGGAUUGCCUGGUAUGCCAGCCGCCUUCACUCUGUGUAUAGAAAUAUCUUUCCAGGCUGGGGACAUAGAGGAGAUGAACUGGAUUCUUUCCUCCUUCUGUUGCUAGGCCUUUCCAUUGGUACUUUAUCCACCCUGUGUUUCUGGUUGUGCUGGGUUUAUUUGUGAGAUUGAUGUAAUAAUAAAGUGAAAUCUUGCCCCACUGUGUGUUUGUCUGACAAAGUCUCUGUGUCAGGGCAUGAGCCUGGAAGGUAAGGGAGCCCAGGCACAGCCUAAUUGCACCAGUGUUUCUCUCAGAGGGUCUUCUGAGUCCAGUGAUUUCUCGUCCUCAGCUCCUCCAUUGCUAUGAGCCCUUCAUGUCCUUGGGCAAAUUAAUGAACCUUUCUAAGCUUGGUUUUGUAAUCUAUCAAACAAGUAAUAAUAGUACUUAUCUCAGAGACUUACUGGGAGUGUCAAAUGAGAUAAUUCACAUUAAAUGGUUAGCAUAUGGUAGGCACUCAAGUUGAAUAUAAAUGAGAGCAAAGUUUUAUAGUGGGUUAGUUAACAGAGUAUGAUUAUUUCUAGGAAAGGAAAUGCUUAUUUAGUUCAAACAAAUAGAGGUGUGGGAACGAGAAGGGUUGAAUGAACCUUAAUAUACAUUUAGAAUCAUUGUCUACAUAGUAUUCCAAAUAAAUGCAUUUUCCAGGUGAUGGAAACUUACCUUUUAAAUGUUAAUAUUUUAAAUAUUUAAACAGUAUAGUUAAAUAGCACACAGCAUGCCUCAACUAUGACAAUGGUUAUUACAAUCUAAAAUUAAAGUUCUGUUACCACUAAAAAGAUACUACCAUUCACCUCUAAAGGUUUUCUGUCAUUUUUGUCCAUUUAUUCUAAAUGUGGAAAAUGUCAAAAGGCUUACCUAACCUGACUCUUAAGCGACGACCAACAAAAUCAAGAUUUAUAAUCAUUUCAACAGAAUGAAACCAACAAAAUUAAGUUUUAACAGAGUUAAAAAUACAUCCUGACUUUCAUUUUUUAAAAAUCUGUACUUGCACAGUGGUGGAAAACUUGGAUUAACAAGAAAUGUUCUUGUGAAGAUGAUGUUGUGGUUUCGAUUACAUACAUCCUUUAUGUGGAAGUAUUAAGGAUACUGUGUGUAGAAAACGUAAUUUGUAAGACAGGGAUAUGUAUGCAGUUUUUGGAGCAUCCAGAAACGACAGUGGUAACGUGAUUAUUGUCUUCAGAGCUGUCAUAUGGAAAGUGUUCUUUCUGGUAAGGCAAGUGGAGGCUGUUGAGAGGCAUGUCCUGAUUCAAUGGACUGUGCUACUCCCAUAAAGAAGGGAACGCUAAGGCUCAAAGCAGUGUCACUAUAGAACUAUCGAGCACAGUGAAAUCGACUCUAGGUUCUCUUCACUGUGAGUAGAAGACAAGAUGAUUAUUUCCUAGAAAUAUUAUGAAAGGGAUUUCUGCAUUGGUGGAAGGUUGGAUAGGAGACCUCCAAGGUCAUUUCCAAUGCCAAAAUUCUUUGAUUCUAGCACAUAUUUAUUAAAUAACAUUGUGAAUCAAAUGUAGCUUCUCGUUGACUCAUGGCCCUCACUCAUUAAUUUGGACUGAAAUUAGGAGCGUCUUACCCAGCUUUGAAGGGUCGCAAACUGCUGUUCUCAAGAAAUCUGAAAGCAGAGACAAACUAGUCUGUAUCUAUAGCUUUGACUCCUUUGUCAGCUGCCACUUCUUCCUUCCAUAUCAGUGCAUCCUAAGCUAUAAUAUGCUUUGUCUCAGUUCACACUUACUUUUCUGGCUGAUGACCUGCUGGCAGCUGUUUCUCACAUGGUAUCAAGUGUGUCGGCACUGUGACAGUUGUUUUCUCAGGGACCUUUUUAUUCAGAGGUUGUGGUAUGUCCUGGAAGAAUGAGGCUGCCAGGUGUCUGAAUGGAGAAAAAGGCUGGGCCUUUACCUGCUUUCAGGUAGUGACCUAGCCAAAAAUUCUAGCAGCCUAAUGGCUACAGGUCUCGUUCCUUCUGUCCAGUACCUUUCUUGCACUCCUUCUGGGACCUAUGCCUCUUCCAGCAAUAAUAAUCAGAGAGGGGAUUUUAAUCCUGGGAUUGCUUUUGCUGCAGCCAAAAUGGCAUCCCAAUUUGUAAUUAGUAUAGGAAAUCUAGAUGCUCCAAUAUGAAGGACACCUUCCAUUUUACACACACACAUGUACGCACACACAUGCACACAUACAUUGAGACCCUGAACAGGGAAAUAGGCUGGGAAGAGGGAGUGUAGAUGAUCUAGUAGAGAUACUUGUGUUUGCCAGGGGAGAGUCUUGAAGGACACAACCCAAAACCCAGUGCUGUCGAGUCGAUUCCGACUCAUAGCGACCCUACAGGUCAGAGUAGAACUGCCCCGUAGAGUUUCACAGGGAGUGGGACUAUAUAGUAAUCUUCUGUAUUGUAAGCCUAGAUAACAGGAAUUUAACUUUGGUUUCAUCAGUUGGCAAACUAAUGUGAGGUAUCUGGGGGUUCUGUUAUGAAAUGCUGGACUUCUCAGAUACAUUGGAUGAUCUUAUACUUGGGGGACCACUCCAGUGAUUCUCAUCUUGCUUAUUCUGGAAAUGGGUAAGGGCAUGAGAAUUUUUUUUUUUUAAUUAACUUUUAUUAAGCUUCAAGUGAACGUUUACAAAUCCAAUCAGUCUGUCACAUAUAAGUUUACAUACAUCUCACUCCCUACUCCCACUUGCUCUCCCCCUCUUGAGUCAGCCCUUUCAGUCUCUCCUUUCGUGACAAUUUUGCCGGCUUCUCUCUCUCUCUAUCCUCCCAUCCCCCCUCCAGACAAGAGUUGCCUACACAAUCUCGAGUGUCCACCUGAUAUAAUUAGCUCACUCUUCAUCAGCGUCUCUCUCCCACCCGCUGACCAGUCCCUUUCAUGUCUGAUGAGUUGUCUUCGGGGAUGGUUCCUGUCCUGUGCCAACAGAAGGUCUGGGGACCAUGGCCGCCGGGAUUCCUCUAGUCUCAGUCAGACCAUUAAGUUUGGUCUUUUUAUGAGAAUUUGGGGUCUGUAUCCCACUGAUCUCCUGCUCCCUCAGGGGUCCUCUGUUGUGCUCCCUGUCAGGGCAGUCAUCGGUUGUGGCCGGGCACCAACUAAUUCUUCUGGUCUCAGGAUGAUGUAGGUCUCUGGUUCAUGUGGCCCUUUCUGUCUUUUGGGCUCUUAGUUGUCAUGUGGCCUUGGUGUUCUUCAUUUUCCUUUGCUCCAGGUGGGUUGAGACCAAUUGAUGCAUCUUAGAUGGCCGCUUGUUAGCAUUUAAGACCCCAGAUGCCACAUUUCAAAGUGGGGUGCAGAAUGAUUUCAUAAUAGAAUUGU